AGCAAAUUAACCUCAGGACUCGCUCGUUGAAUAGUUGAAGCAAAAUGAAGAAUAUUGACAGCGUUCCAGAUAUUGCAGAGCUCUGUAAAAAAAUAACCAACUGUCCAUACAGCAUCGAGUUGCGGAUCAAAUUGGCCAGAGCAUAUCAACACACAGGGUAUCCCGAUCUAGCGGCGGGAGAGUCAUAUAUCGCACUUUUGCUGAUAGAUGAAGCGUUAGGCGAGACGGGUGAGUUUGAAGAUGAAGCCUAUGAAGCUGCCGUGCAGUACUUCCAGGCCGAAUGCGGACAGGAAGCACAAUGUUUAGAUCAGGACGCCAAAGGUGAUGACAGUUCCGAGGACGACGAACGCAACAAGAGCGUAAUUGCUUGGGUAAGCGGGCCGAUCAAAGAUAGCGUAUACGCAAGUCUUGCUGAAAGCUUGAUUGAAUGCAACAACCUCAAGCAGGCGAGCGAUUACAUUAAAAAGAUAAGCCCUGCGUUUGCUCCGACGGCGUCACAACUUCAUGAGAGCCUAUCACGCGCAGUCAAAGCACAUUUUGGCGACGAAAAUACGAGCCACGCUCCAGAGGAGUACCCAGAAUGGGGCCUCGUCCGAAGAGAAAUCUAUCCGUGGAACGAGCAUGAGCCAGACCGGUCAUCGCAGGAUUCUCUGACCAGUCUUAAUGAGCUUCUGGCCGCCGCAGCACCAAGUCUGGAAGCAAGAAUCACAGAGCUACCAGACCUGACGAGGUCCGUCCCUGGCACAGGGACAAUCAAACAGAUCGGGCUUUUUGCCAAACAGGAUCUUCCCGCCGGACAGCAAAUCCUGCGCGAAAAGUCGAUUCUGACCGCGACGGCGAGGUUGAAUGACGAAUAUUGCGAUGCGUGCGCCGCGAAGCUCAGAGGGCGAGAUGAUGGAAGCGGCCCUGUCUCAUGUCCAGAAUGCUACGAAACUGUGUUCUGCAGCAACGAUUGUCUACAGCUCUCUCGGAACUCGUAUCAUCCAGUCCUGUGUGGGAAGGAUGUCACAUCUCUCGCCAAAGAUGCACCUGCGAAGGACGCAGCGAACUCCCUGUACGCGCUGCUUCUCCUUCGUACGUUCGCUCUCGCCGAGCACCUGGACUUGCACCCGCUUGAUUUAGUACAGACCAAGUAUCUCUGGGGCGACUUUGUGUCCACAAAGCCAAGUCUCCCUUUCAAUCUGUACUACAAUGUGAUCCUUCCACUAACCAUGCUCGAGAAGAUGGAGAUCAACAUCUUCACGGCAUCCUCGCGCUUCAACACGUGGACCUUCAACACCUUGUACGCCAAGUUUCGCGGCACGGCAGAUGCGAAACAGGGACCGGACGGCAAACCGGAGAUUGGAGCUGUUCAUCCGCUAUGGUGCCUCGCCAACCACAGCUGCGAUCCAAACGUGCGGUGGGAGUGGAACGGUGAGAUGGGUUUUUGGACGAGGACAAAGAGGGAACGAGUGAAGUGGAGAGUUGGCGAUGAAGAGGUGAAAGAGGGACUGCGCAAGGACGAAGAGGUUCUAGGACAUUAUUGCGACGUAGAGUUGACUGCACGGGAGAGGCGUGAAUGGGCGAAGGGGGCUUUGGGAGGUGAUUGUAUGUGUGAGAGAUGUGUGUGGGAGACUGAGCAUCCCGAAUUGGCCAGGCGAGUUCGGAUAGAGAGAUGAUGCUCGAUGGCAUUUUAUACUUGGUUAGGUUGAUAAGUCUAGGCCCGCGAAGCGUUACUAACCUCGCAGCAAUCUUAACCUCGCGGCUUAUAGAAGUGGACGAAGGUCAUCAUGCAAUGCCCUUUGAGUACAAUUCCUCGCUGAAUUGGCCGAUUCGUGGAUCAUUCGUAAACGCAUUCGCAGAAGGGUGAGUAUGCACCAUGUUCUUAGCACCUAGAGCACUACGUCAGCCAGAAUUCUCACCGUCGUGUUUGCGUUUUCCGACUUCAAAGAACAGACAUCCGGG